GUGUGUGGGGCGGUGAUGUCGGGACGCGGCAAGCAAGGCGGCAAGGCUCGCGCCAAGGCCAAGACGCGCUCGUCGCGGGCCGGCCUGCAGUUCCCGGUGGGCCGCGUCCACCGCCUGCUCCGCAAGGGCAACUACGCCGAGCGGGUCGGGGCCGGCGCGCCCGUGUACCUGGCGGCCGUGCUCGAGUACCUGACGGCCGAGAUCCUGGAGCUGGCGGGCAACGCGGCGCGCGACAACAAGAAGACGCGCAUCAUCCCGCGCCACCUGCAGCUGGCCAUCCGCAACGACGAGGAGCUCAACAAGCUGCUGGGCCGCGUCACCAUCGCGCAGGGUGGCGUCCUGCCCAACAUCCAGGCCGUGCUGCUGCCCAAGAAGACCGAGAGCCACCACAAGGCCAAGGGCAAGUAGUGGUCUAUAUAACCAUUUACUGUAGCUCGAGUAAGUUGAGUCCAAACCAAAGGCUCUUUUCAGGGCCACUUAUAUUUUCUGGAAAAGAACUUUAACAUGUGUUUUAUAUGCUAAAUGAGAAGAGAAACUGGAACGUAGAAAACUUGAGCCAUUCUCAUCUAUCCUGUAUCCCGGGUUGAAAGCCGAACAGUACAUUAAAGCCUAGGCCUGCGAUGAACGAUAGGUUUUCCCCCAUUUGAGAAUUGGCGGUAAUUGGAAAACACUCCUUGCAUACCUUGUUUAGUUGUUUACCUAGUCAGUGAGCGUCCACAGGGAGCUAUUAGCUUUUGUCAAUUAAGUUUUCUGGUGCACAAAAGCCUCCCUGGCUGAGUUUAGCAGCCGGCCACCGGCGGCGUCAAGAAGCCGCACCGCUACCGGCCCGGCACGGUGGCCCUGCGCGAGAUCCGGCGCUACCAGAAGUCUACCGAGCUGCUGAUCCGCAAGCUGCCGUUCCAGCGGCUGGUGCGCGAGAUCGCGCAGGACUUCAAGACCGACCUGCGCUUCCAGAGCUCGGCCGUGAUGGCCCUGCAGGAGGCGUGCGAGGCCUACCUGGUGGGGCUCUUCGAGGACACCAACCUGUGCGCCAUCCACGCCAAGCGCGUCACCAUCAUGCCCAAGGACAUCCGGUCUCCUACCAGUCAAUGGAGAGCUUCACUGCAGGAUAGUCUUCCCCCAUCCGAAGGCUGCCAAGAGUCGCAUCCAGUUUUCCUAACAGUACAUAGGCUUUGAGGCACUGCCCUCCACCACCCUCGAUGUUGCCAAAUGAAUAAAAUACUGGGAUUACAUGGGUAGCUAUGACACCAUUCUGGAGCCUGAAGUCGUCAAGGCUGUUGCCACAGCGUAAUUGGUCACACCUUAACAUAUAAAGAAUGUUUCCUAUAACUAGUGCUAUUGAAAUGUAAAGUGUUGCUAAUCACAAAGGCUGUUCUGUCUUACAGACUUAAAGGUGCGAGUAAGGAAAAUACUAUAAAUAGAGGAUUCUGGUCUGCUUUGACAGAGGGCUGCUUAGAAAUGGAGUAUAGUGUGUGGUGGGCUCCUGACCACCCCUGGCCUCCUCCCAGCGGGCAGGGUUAGGUAUGGAGAAAGGUCGAUUGAUGUGCAUCACACCUAACUUUUGUUGCUUUUGUAAGGAAAUAAGGAAAACCCCUGCCAACGGUUUUUAUUGCCCAAGGCACAGAUUCUUGCCUCCUACUCCCCGUUCACUGAUGAUGUAAUCUCAAAAAGGGGGAAAAAAAGCAUUCUUAGCGGUUUCUUCUUGAAUGCCAUGGACACCUUUGCCUGUUGACAUUUAUGGAAAUCCUUCUCAGAAUAUUUGAAGUGCAUAAAAUGCAAAAAUUGCAAGAAAAAAUCCUAUUAGUUAUCAACAUAUUUUUAAGAAUAAAUUUGCUAAGACUGACAUAUGUGCCUAAACUGUGAACAUAUUACAUAAUACAAUAUUGGUGAGCCCAAUUGCCAUCAGUAAUUAGACAAGUAAAAUAACGGUUCAAGGUAAUUUGGCAAUUGUUAUGAGAAAUGAGAUUAUCUGUGAUUUCCUUUGGGUGACAAACUCACAGGGACUAAGGUUGUGGCCUAAAUUCAUUAUAAAGGGAAAUGCUAAAGAUCAGUCAAAAGUAAAUUAUAUUUUUCCCCAUCCCAACUUAUGGGGUUUCUCCUCAUUACCACCCCCCACCCAACCAUGCACUGACGAUUUUUAUCCUUGGAGGUAUUGUGGCGUAUUUGGACUCCAGGUUAAAAACCCUUAUUCUAAUAUUUGGUUGACCUAC